UCCAAGGCCUAAAUAAUUCAAAAGGGAGGGUCAGGGCCCGAAUUCAACAUGGUUCCCGCCUCCCUCGACCAAAUUACUUACACCUCUUCAUUAAAAUUUAAAGUAAAAGAAAAACUAACGCCAUAGCCAAAAAUGUGCAGAUCUUAAUUACAUCCAGUUUCCCUCUUUAAUAUUUCAAAAACAAUUACUUGAUCUUUCUUUUUUCUUAAGGUUUCGUAAGAUUAGUGGGUUCGCUGCAAAUUUUGUUGUCUUUUAGCUAAUCGGUGAAGUGGGUUUUGUCGUUUUAGCGAAUUUCUGAAAUGGGAUUUUAUUUUUUGUUAUUUGGAAGUUGAUUUCGUUUCUGGGUAUUUUUCACUUGUUGCUUGUUUUUGUUGGAUUAACGAUGAGUGGAGAUAAUUUCACCUCCAAACCGCGUGCCGCUUUGGGAGAUGUGACUAAUUUUCCAGAAAAAAGGGGGUUUUCAUCGAUUUCUGAUGAUUUGGGGCUUAAAUCUAGAGGUGGGUAUAGUAAAAAUGGGGAUUCAGUUUUUGCAAAACAAGUUUGUUUAGGAGUUGAAAAUCUGGUGAAAAAGAAAUGCGGAACCAAAACUGGAGAUGCCAGUGGCAAUGAGAAAGGUUGCGAUUCAUUGAAUACAAGCAGCAAGACUCGUGCCUCAAAGGAGAAUGUAGCUGUUGUGUCUGUUGUCGCAGAUAGGCCUAGUGAUAUGAAGGAAACAUCUAAUUUGAUUGAUGGUAGUGUUGAUUUAGUUAAGAGCUGCGGUACGGGAACACAAAGUGUUGGGGAAGUUAGUUGUGCAUCUAGUGGUUCAAUGUAUACAAGCUCUGGGCUGUGCGUGAAAGAUAGUGAUGAUGAAGGGAAAGUCACUUCCAAUGUUAUGCUGAUCAAUCCAGUAGUUCAAGCGUUAGUUGGUGGUGCUUCUACAAGUGAUGACAUUGUUUCUGGAGUUGGUAGAUUAGCUACUGAUAAAUGUGGUUCUGUUGAGUGGUCGAGGAUGCCCAAUUCGCAGGGUUUGAAAUCAUUUGAGUUGGAAAAGUGCACAACACUCAAGGGUGAUGUCUGUGCCAAUCUGAAUGCAGGUGCUGACAUGCUCAAAGCUUGCUCUUGUUCUUUUUGCUUGAAAGCUGCUUAUAUUUGGUCGGACCUAUAUUACCAGGACAUCAAAGGUCGACAAUCUGCAUUGAAGAAGAGUCAGAAGGAAGCAGGGAUCUUGGUUAAUAAAUAUUCCAGGGGAAAGCAGACAGACAUUCAUACCCAAGUAAACUCCAACAAAUCCUUGAACUUAGAAUCUGACCUCACUGAUCACUGGAGGUCUCUUUUUCGACACAUGGAAGACAUGUUUGCCAAUGAAAGCAGCCAGCUUCAAACUGGAUAUGUGACACUAAAAGAUUUGAGGGACAACUGCAAGAUUGAUCUGGAGAGGAUCACUGGAAUGCCUCCAGACAGACUUUAGGGUACUUCUGAUGCAUUUGAUGAUUUUAGGUUGUCUUAUCACUAUAGUUCUUGUGAUUUCAGCAUGCAGUACAUGUAUUGUACCCAUGCAUUUUCUGCGUAAUCUUGGAUUGUCUGGAGAAGUUCUCCAAUGUUUACUAUUGUCAUUAAAAAUGUAUUUUAUAGCUGCACCAUUUGUACGAUCUGUUGUUGCAGUUACUUUCUGCAUUAGCAAAAACUAACGUGAUAGAGUAAAAUUUCUGCUUUUCAGAUA